AUGACCAAAAUUUCUCUGAAGAAUGUUGUGGGAGUUGACCUCCUCUCAGUCCUCCCGCCAGAUCGAAAACAAUGGUGGGAAACACCGCAUCUGAUCAAGUUGAACGGCUUCAUCGUCGGUUUGCUGCUGUUUUCUAGUACGGUGGGCUACGAUAGCUCGCUGAUGAACGGCUUGCAAUCUUUGUCACCGUGGACCAGCUUUAUGGACAGUCCCUCGGGGGCCUGGCUGGGCUUUAUCAGCGCCAUCCAGUCCUUGGGGUCGAUGCUUGGAUUACCCACCCAAGCCUGGGCGGCCAACAAGUUUGGUCGCAAGCCAUGUAUUUUCGUGGGCUAUCUCUUCCUCUUUAUUGGUGUCGGCAUUCAAGUGGGCGCGCAUAAUCCAGCGAUGUUUAUUGUGUCUCGUUUCUUCAUCGGAUACGCGGGCGCCUGGUUCCAAGCCGCCGUCAUUCUCCUCACCGAGAUCGCCUAUCCUACCCACCGCUCCAAACUCACCGCGAUGUACCAGUGCCAAUACUACGUCGGCUCCAUCCUGUCCGCGUGGCUGGUGUUUGGCUGCCGGAACAUGGAUUCCAUGUGGGCGUGGAAGAUCCCCUCCUUAUGUCAGAUUGCAUUUCCCUUGGUGGCACUGCCACUGGUAGCCCUGUGCCCCGAGUCUCCUCGCUGGUUGAUCAGUAUGGAUCGUCAUGAAGAGGCCCGAUCGUUUCUCGUUAGGUAUCAUGCGGGUGGGGAUGUGGCCGCACCACUCGUUGCCUUUCAAAUGGAUGAAAUCGCCAGAUCCAUUACCAUGGAGCGAGAAAGCAGCAAUUCCACUACCUGGCUCGAUAUGCUCCGGACCAAGGGUAAUCGGCAUCGACUCUUCAUCAGUCUCACCCUGGGCAUUUUUGCUCAAUGGAAUGGAAUGCAAGUGUGGAACCUUGUCAUGGCCGUAGUGGGUUCCAUGCUGGUCGACUUCGCCGGACGCCGAACACUCUUUCUGUUGUCCACCUGCAUCAUGCUUGUCAGCUAUAUCAUCAUCACAGGUCUUUCGGGGACCUUUGCCAACAAUCAUGUGAGUAGUGUGGGCACAGCAGUGAUCCCCUUCCUCUUUCUCUACUACGGCGGCUACGACAUCGCCUUCACCCCCCUGGUCAUGGCGUACCCCGCGGAGAUCUGGCCGUAUGCACUGCGCGCCAAAGGCGUGGCAUUGACCUCGGUCAGCACGUUUCUGGCCUUGCUCUUCAAUCAGUUUGUCAACCCGAUUGCGCUGGACUCCAUUGCAUGGAAAUAUUAUAUCUUGUAUAUCUGUCUGCUGGUGGUCAUUCUGGUGACCAUCUAUCUCACGUAUCCCGAGACCCGGGGCUACUCGCUCGAGGAGAUUGCAGUCAUUUUCGACGGCGAUGAUGCCGCCGUGAUAGCUACGACGGGGUUACGGAAGGAGGCCGAAGCGAACAAACGGGAAACAGAACAUCUAGAGAGCUUUGCGAAGAUCAGUUGA